AGACAACAAGCAAGCAUCAUGAAGGCUUUGCUAAACCUGGUUUGGACAUAUUUUCUCUUAAAACAGGUUGUGGGGGAAUAUGGGAUGGCCCAUUUCAGUGACAAGGGCCAGGCCAAAGGAAAGGAUUACUGCAUCUUCUUCAACUCCCAGUGGGCUCGUCUACCUCGGGACCUCAACAAAGCAUCUCGUCUGGAGAUCUAUGACCUGACACCGUCAGUCCUGUGUUUCCCAUCAGACGUCCCCGAUGGUGGCUUCCCCAAUCGUAUCCCCAUGGUGAUGCGGGGGAACUGCACCUUCUACGAGAAGGUCCGCCUGGCCCAGCUCAAUGGAGCUAAAGGCCUGCUCAUCGUCAGCAAAGACAGACUGACCCCACCGGCAGGAAACAAGAGUCAGUAUGAGGAGAUUGACAUCCCUGUGGCACUGCUUAGCUACACUGACAUGUUGGACAUUAGGAAGAUGUUUGGGCAGGGCAGAGAGGUGGCCAUGUACGCGCCCAAGGAGCCCGUCCUGGACUACAACAUGGUCAUCAUCUUCCUCAUGGCUGUUGGGACGGUGGCCAUCGGAGGGUACUGGGCCGGCAGCAAGGACAUCAAGAAGCGUUACCUGAAGCACAAGCGUGAUGACAGCGUGGAGAAGCAGGACGAGGAGACUGUGGACGUGACGCCCAUCAUGAUCUCUGUGUUCGUUGUCAUGUGCUGCUCCAUGCUGGUGCUGCUCUACUUCUUUUACGACCAACUGGUUUAUAUGAUCAUUGGGAUAUUCUGCCUGGCCUCGUCUGUUGGCCUGUACAGCUGUCUCUGGCCCUUUGUUAGGAGACUCCCCUUCGGGAAGUGCAGGAUCCCAGAGAACAACUUGCCUUACUGCCACAAGAGGCCUCAGGUCCGCAUGCUGCUGCUGUCAGCCUUCUGCAUCGGAGUCAGCGUCACCUGGGGCGUGUUCCGCAACGAAGACCAGUGGGCGUGGGUGUUACAAGACGCCCUGGGCAUAGCCUUCUGUCUCUACAUGCUCAAGACUAUCAGACUGCCCACGUUUAAGGCCUGCACCAUGCUGCUGGUGACCCUGUUUGUCUACGAUGUUUUCUUUGUUUUUAUUACUCCUCUCUUUACCAAGAGUGGUCACAGUAUUAUGGUGGAGGUUGCGGCUGGGCCCUCUGACUCCUCCACACAUGAAAAGCUUCCUAUGGUGCUCAAAGUGCCCCGCCUCAACUCCUCCCCUCUGGCUCUGUGUGACAGGCCCUUUUCUCUGCUUGGAUUUGGCGACAUCUUAGUACCAGGUCUGCUGAUAGCCUACUGUCACAGGUUUGACAUCCUCAUGCAGUCCUCACGGUUCUAUUUCCUGGCCUGCACAAUCGGUUAUGGUAUCGGGCUGCUCAUCACCUUUGUAGCUCUGGCCCUGAUGCAGAUGGGUCAGCCGGCCCUGUUAUACCUGGUGCCUUGCACCCUCCUCUCCAGCCUGGCGGUGGCGCUGUGGCGCAAAGAGCUGCCAUUAUUCUGGACAGGAAGUGGAUUUGUGCCUCCCAUAGUUCUGCAACCAAUCAACUGUAUGCAAACCCCAGGACCACCCACAGAGGACCCCCUCACCAAUCCUGAGCCACAAGGUCCUGAUGCAACCAAUCAGAGUGAGGACACUCCCCUUCCAGAGAAAGAGGCCAGCAAAUCAGAUGCACUUGGUGUGAAAAAGGGUAAGAAAAGGACUGACGGGAGCGAGGGAGGGCACUCAACCUACAGUGGCAGUUCUUCAACGCGUGAAACACCUUGUGGUCAGCAGGAUCAGCACUGGCUGGGAGUCCUGGAUGAUGCGCUGUAGACUAAGGUCAAAGAGCACAACAUACACAGCCCCGACUGCGACCUACGCUGACUUAACGCCCUUCUCGUGAGUUUUAUCAUCCUGUCACAUAAAAUAGAUUUUCUGUCUCCAAACUCUCCUGUCCUCCAUUUUUCAGUUCAUCAUUUAUCCCACCAGUCCUACGCAGAAUAGCAGUCAACAAUCCCCACAACUAAGUCAAUGUGUUGCAGUCUUACCAUCAGAAGCUCUGUCGGUCAGCUUGUUCCCAAUUGUUCUUCUCCUUUAUCAAGUACCAUGAAGAAGAAGAACCACACUAUGGCCUGUCCCUCUGUUUAUGAAAGAUGACUGAAGUAUCUACCGUACAUACCCUUUAUCAUGUGGUGCUAUCAUGGAUUCUCACCUACCUAAAAGGUAUAGAAUGAUUAUUGAUUUAGGGCAUCGAGGGGCAGUUUCCUAGUGGACUAAAAAGCGAGCUGAAUGGAGAAUCCAUGUAAAUUGUUAUAAAUCCUGGAUAAAAGGCUUAAUCCGUGUCCGGGAAACCUAUCUCUAGUUUUUGAUUGGUUUAAAUCUGACCUUUUGACCUUUUAUUGUUUUUGCAUGCUAUGGGUUUGGUUUAGACCAGACUGUCAACAAUAGUGUGUGGUUUAUAUAGUAGCUUACACACUGUCUUUAUAUAAUACUACGGGUGCAACAGUUAAUGUUGCCCACACCGUUUCUCUAGUAGAUUUUGUGGUCCCAUUUUCCAUUGGGUGUAAAAACCCAUGUAUUUAUGUGGUAGAUACAUACAGUAGUAAAUAGGUGUAAUUGCAUUGUAGGCAGCUAGGUUCAAAAUAGUACUUAAACAUGUUUAACAGUUUUUAAAGUUGUAACUAAUUAAUUACACUAACUACUUACUGGUAUGUAACUACCAUGUGAACACAUGGGUUAUAAGGAGACCUAAUGUAGAAUGACCGAUUUUGGUUAUAUAAUUCAUAUUGUCUUAAUGGGUUUUUGCCUUACUGGUGUCCAUGGUUACAAUUGGAAUGUCUCUGUGCAUAGUGCUUUAUGAAGACAGAGUACUGUAUUCAUGUUUCUUAAUUAAACUAUGAUAAGUGAUAAUUUUUAUGUUUGAGGGGGAGGGGUGAGGUUGUCUCAUGAUAAUAAACUCAGCAAAAAAAGAAACGUC